AAACGGGGUGGGCCUGUUGUCAUGGGGGAGGUGGUGGCGCUUGGUGGCUUCUGGCGGCCGAGGUAGAGGCAGUGGCGCUGGAGUUGGUCGGGGGCAGCGGCAGAUUUUGGCCUUAAUCAACUUCUAGGGAAGAGGACCAGUGCCUCUGUUCUUGCAGCCAAAGAUCUUGAUCCAUAUCCAGAGAUUGGAAUAUUGGUGGACCAGCCAUCCUCAGACACCUGACUUAGGACAACUGCUGCUCCAAAUGUGGUCUCUACUGGAGCUGGGGGCACAAAUAAAAGAUGAGGAAACUGAGGCUUGGUGAAGUUACGAAACUUGUCCAAAGUCACACAGCUUGUAAAGGGCACAACCAAGAUUCAGAGACAGGUUGUAAAAAUUAAAAUGAACAAACUACGGCAAAGUUUUAGGAGAAAGAAAGAUGUUUAUAUUCCAGAGGCCAGUCGUCCACAUCAGUGGCAAACAGAUGAAGAAGGGGUUCGUACCGGAAAAUGUAGCUUCCCAGUUAAGUACCUUGGCCAUGUAGAAGUUGAUGAAUCAAGAGGAAUGCACAUCUGUGAAGAGGCUGUAAAAAGAUUGAAAGCUCUGAUCACCUUGCCUCCUACUUCACUGAAAAAAAUAGAUUCAAUCAGAAGAAAACUCCCAUGUGGCACUUCCAAAUCUACUCACCUACCUGCAUCCAUGCCUACUGGAAAGAAAGCUGUUAAGGCAGUCCUGUGGGUAUCAGCAGAUGGACUCAGAGUUGUGGAUGAAAAAACUAAGGACCUCAUAGUUGACCAGACAAUAGAAAAAGUUUCUUUCUGUGCACCAGAUAGAAACUUUGAUAGAGCCUUCUCUUACAUAUGUCGUGAUGGCACCACUCGGCGCUGGAUCUGUCAUUGCUUCAUGGCUGUCAAGGACACGGGUGAAAGAUUGAGCCACGCUGUAGGCUGUGCUUUUGCGGCCUGUUUAGAACGUAAGCAGAAGAGGGAGAAGGAAUGUGGAGUGACUGCUACUUUUGAUGCCAGCCGGACCACUUUUACAAGAGAAGGAUCAUUCCGUGUCACAACAGCCACUGAGCUAGCAGAAAGAGAGGAGAUUAUGAAGCAAAUCCAAGAUGCCAAGAAAGCUGAAGCAGACAAGACAGUUGUUGGUUCAUCAGUGGCCCCUGGCAACACUGCCCCAUCGCCGUCUUCUCCCACUUCUCCCACUUCGGAUGCCACUGCCUCUCUGGAGAUGAACAAUCCUCAUGCCAUCCCACGCCGCCAUGCUCCAAUUGAACAGCUUGCUCGCCAAGGCUCUUUCCGAGGAUUUCCUGCUCUUAGCCAGAAGAUGUCACCCUUUAAACGCCAGCUUUCCCUGCGCAUCAACGAUUUGCCUUCCACUAUGCAGAGGAAGACUGAUUUCCCCAUAAAAAAUGCAGUGCCAGAGGUAGAAGGGGAAGCAGAGAGUAUCAGCUCCCUGUGCUCACAGAUCACCAAUGCCUUCAGCACACCCUCCGAGGAUCCCUUCUCAUCCGCCCCAAUGACCAAACCAGUGACAGUGGUGGCACCACAGUCUCCUACCUUUCAAGCUAAUGGCACUGACUCAGCCUUCCAUGUGCUUGCUGCUAAGCCAGCCCAUACUGCUCUAGCAUCCGUAGCAAUGCCUGUGCGUGAAACCAACCCUUGGGCGCAUGCCCUUGAUGCUGUUAACAAGGGAAUUGCAGCCACACAUUCGGGGACCGAGUGGGGUCAAUCUUCUGGUGCUGCCUCUCCAGGUCUCUUCCAGGCUGGCCACAGACGUACUCCCUCUGAGGCUGACCGCUGGUUAGAAGAGGUGUCCAAGAGCGUCCGGGCUCAGCAGCCCCCAGCCUCAGCUGUCCCACUGCAGCCAGUCCUCCAGCCGCCUCCACCCACUGCCAUCUCCCAGCCAGCGCCACCUUUCCAAGGGAAUGCAUUCCUCACCUCUCAGCCUAUGCCAGUGGGUGCCGUCCCGCCCCUACAGCCAGCCUUUAUCCCUGCCCAGGCCUAUCCUGUGGCCAAUGGGAUGCCCUAUCCAGCCCCUAAUGUGCCUGUGGUGGGCAUCACUCCCUCCCAGAUGGUAGCCAAUGUGUUUGGCACUGCAGGCCACCCUCAGGCUGCCCAUCCCCAUCAGUCUCCCAGCCUGGUCAAGCAGCAGACAUUCCCUCAGUAUGAGACAAGCAGUGCUUGUGCCAGUCCCUUCUUCAAGCCUCCUGCUGAGCACUUCAAUGGUUCUGCAGCUUUCAAUGGUGUAGACGAUGGUAGGUUGGCCUCAGGAGACAAGCACACAGAGGUUCCUAUAGGCACUUGCCCCGUGGAUCCUUUCGAAGCCCAGUGGGCUGCAUUAGAGAGCAAGUCCAAGCAGCGUACUAACCCCUCCCCCACCAACCCCUUCUCCAGUGACCUACAGAAGACGUUUGAAAUUGAACUUUGAGCAGUCCCCAUGGCUUAUGUAUUUUGUCUGUACUUAGGCAAGGGCAGGGGGAGGGUGAAGGUCAAAGGAGCAAAGGAGACUUUGUGUUCCCAAUAGCACACUUUUCACUAAUCCCAAAGGUCCCAAGGAGUAUGUCCAGGUGCAGAGUGCUGUGUGGGGUGAUUUUUGAAAAAAGUGAGAAAACCAUUCCUAGAGAAGAGCUGUCCUGUUAGGCUAAAGAAGUCAAGAAAAUGUUGCCCUUUGUCCCCCUCCUGCCUCAGCCCCUUACAAAUCUCUGACAACAGAGAGGCAGAUGUAUCUGAACAGGAAUCUGUAUUCAAAGCACAUUUAAUGGAAUAUAGAACACAACGGGAAGCAAAACGAUCUCCCUUUUUUUUCAGGCCAUGCACCUGCCUCCUCUCAAUACUGGCCCAUCUUAGAGAUUGAGAAUAGGGUGGCCUAUGCUUAGGCCGAGGACAAGAGGCAGGCGGUGCUGCCAGAAUCCCAGGAGGGCGCAUCAGCAGCUGCCCAGCAGAGCUAUAUUUUAGGGGUAAAGUUGAGCUUCCAUUUUGAGUAAGAAUAAAUAUUAUAAAUAUAUAUCAAAAAAGCCAAAUCUUUAUUUUUAUGCAUUUAGAAUAUUUUAAAUAGUUCUCAAUAUUAAAAAGUUGUAUAAGUUGUAAGUAAUCUUGCCAAAGGUAAAAGGGUUAGCUGUAAGAAAUUGUACAUAAGAUUGAUUUAUCGUUGAUUUCUACUGAAGUAAAAGGGGAAAAGCUGGAGGUGCAGACCGGAUCCCUCGCUUAUUUGGUAUCAGUCAUUGUAAGUAGAGUAGCACAUUGCAACAACAAUCAUGCUUAUGACCAAUACAGUCACUAGGUUGUAGUUUAAAUAAAGAAAAUGAAAGAGUAGUAUUGUCCUGGUUUUAAACCUAUGGUGAAAUUCUAAUAUUAUUUUAAUGGAAUCAGUCUAAAUAUGCUCUAUAGAGAAUAUGUAUUUUCUUUUUAUAUAUUGCUGCAGUUUCCUUAUGUUAAUCCUUUACUUGUUUUAACACUAAGGUGACAAUGACAUCAUAUGCAUAGACUGGAACGCAGGUUAUUCUGUUGGUUUGUCAUGUGGGUCUUGGUGGGUUUUGUUUUGUCCUUUAAGUGUGUUCCCAUGAGUUUUGUGGGGAUGGAGUUUCUGGUUUUAUUAGGUGUGUGUGUGUGUGUCUCCGUGUGUGUCCUCGUCCCCCUCCCUGUGGACAGAACAUCCCGUUGCCAGUUGCAGCCACUUGACCUCUGGUAACAACGUGAGAUCCCAUCUCAUUUUUACUUUUGAACGUUGGCCUUACAAUCAAAUGUACGUUAUAUAUAUUUGUACUGAUGAGAAUUUAUAAUCUGCUUUAACAAAAAUAAAUGUUCGUGGUAGAA